AUUGAUAACAGGUUUUGGAGGACUACGAUCUGAUAGGAAUAAUGCUACUCAAGGACAUAUUUUCUUCGUUGCUAUGGUUUUCCUUUCAAAAAAUGAUUACUGAACCUUUUUAUCCUUUCGGAAAAUAUGAAUUUGUAUUAAUUAAUUUAUUGCACAAUUUCCUGAUCAAUUUGGAUUAAUAAUUUAAAAGCACAUACACGUUUUGCACCAUGUCUGCCAAAUUAGGAAUCGUAGACUACAUAGUAGUUGCCAUCAUGCUGGCUGUUUGUGCAUUGAUCGGCGUGUACUUUCGAUGUACUGGUGGACGCCAGAAGACGACAAAUGAAUUCCUAAUGGGCAACAGACGAAUGCAGAUCACACCUGUCGCCAUAUCCUUAAUUGCCAUGAGCUUAUCAUCCAUUUCAGUACUAGGCAUUCCAGCAGAAACGUACCUUUAUGGGACUCAAAUAUUUCUCGCCGCAGCUGGCAUUCCGAUUGGUGGAUUAUUUGCAGCUUAUGGAUUAUUGCCUGUUUUCUACGACAUGAAAGUAUCAACAGUUUAUGAAUAUUUAGAAAAGAGAUUUGGGAAAACAAGUCGAACUAUUGUAGCGACUUUGUUUACUCUUCAAACGAUUUUGUAUAUGGGUGUUGUGCUUUAUGCUCCAGCAAUAGCACUGAAUGCUGUUACAGGUCUGUCAACGUGGGCUUCCAUUCUAACACUUGCAGCAGUUUGCAUGUUUUAUAGUUCUCAGGGAGGAUUGAAAGCGGUACUUUGGACAGUUGUAUUUCAAUCUGCUCUUAUGUAUUUAUGUAUGAUUGCUGUUAUCGUGAAAAUAUGUUUGAUGUUAGGAUUCACUGAGAUCGUUGAGAUUGCUGAUAAGGGUGGACGAUUCAUUUUCGAUGAAUUUUCGGGAGAUCUGACAAUACGCUAUAGCUUUUGGAACAGCCUCAUCAAUGGAAUCUUUUUCUAUACAUACUUAUACGGAGUAAAUCAGGCACAAGUGCAAAGAUAUUUGAGCUUGGGAAAUCUGAAAAAGGCACAGAAAGCUUUGAUGUGGAGUUUUCCCCUGCUGUUAUUAUUCAAUCUCAUAAUCUUCUGGGAUGGAAUCUCCCUCUAUGCCUUGUUUCAUGAUUGCGAUCCUAUGAAAGAUGAAAAUGUGAAACUAAGUUCCGCUGAUCAAUUGAUGCCUUAUGGGAUUUUGAAAAUAUAUGGUGACAUACCAGGUCUUACUGGAUUGUGCAUUGCUGGGGUUUUCAGUGCAUCACUAGGAACUCUAUCCUCUGCUGUCAAUGCAUUGGCUAACAUCACUAUCGAAGACUUCAUAAAACCCUUCUGCCAUUGCAAAAAAGUAAAUGAUACUUGGAUGGCUUUCAUUGCAAAGCUUCUCGCUAUAGGAUACAUUUGCCUUAUUUUAUUAAUGGCACUGGUAACGUCCAGUUUCCGAGCCGUUCUAGAAGCAUCGAACGUUGUGUUGGGUAUGACAGCAGGACCGAUCCUCGGAAUGUAUAUUCUUGGAAUGUUCACUACAAAAGCAAAUGAACCGGGCACUCUGAUUGGUCUUCUGUCCGGUGUGUUGUGGUUUGCAUGGGCCGGAUUUGGUUCUUACAUUACGAAGCCUAAAGUUCCAACUUUGUCUCGGGAUAUCAGUGGCUGUUACGCUAACUCAACUUGGGGAGUUUUCAAUGCUACGACGUCAACUCCUUUUACUGAAGAAGUCACAGAAAUACUGAAAUUUACAGAAAGAAAAGAAAACGAUAUAUUCUAUCUUUACACUUGGUCUUAUAUGUGGUUGCUUUGUAUUGCCUUAGCCAUAACAAUAGUUGUCGGCUAUGUUGCUAGUUAUGUUCUAAGUUUUUGCAUCGAUCCUGCUAAUGUGAAAUCAGAAUAUCUGAGUCCUUUCGUCAGAAAAUUAUAUUUUAGCCCAACAUAUACAGCAGUGAGAACAAAAGCUAGCGAUAUUGAAAUGGAAAUGAAUGCAAGAUAACGGAAGCAAGAUAAAUUCUGUGAUCUGAUAUAGAAGAAAUGUUCCUUCACCGACUUUUAUUUAAAGAUAUUAAUUUUUUUUAUAAUGAAUCAUAUUGUUUACUUUAUUUAAAGCACCCGAAAAAGUUUUUCAAAUAGCAAUUUCCAUUACAAACGUAAUUGCUUGGAUUCAUUAAUUUGUAAAGCUUGUAAUCUGUAUUUUAAAAGAUCUUUUUAAACAAAAUUAAGGCAUUGUUACUUUCAUUUUGAGAAAUCAAUAUAUAUAUGUAUAGUUAUUCAAAAAGGGGUUAAAACUAGGCUCUCACGAUAAGUUGAGAAUCUAGCUUUAAAUUCUUGAGAUUCAGGUCAAAGAGUUUAGUCCGCUCUUUGCAGUAAAGAUUUAUGAAAUGAAUCUUUAUUAUAAAGAUCUUACUAAGUGCAGUGUCUUAGCCAGAUGGAUUUUACAAAUGAAAUUUGACUUUGUGUUCAGAAGACGUUCAUUUUAUAGCAGAAGUGAUGAAGAUCUCAGGGAAUAAUUAACUGAAAUUCACUGUUAGAAAGAAUUAACAAGUGGACUUCAUAUGUCCGCCCUUUCAAUAUAAUUUAAUAAACACAUCACUGCUCUCUUAGUAAAAGAAUUAAAAAAAAGCAUUUUUAAUGUUUAAUAUUGUCAGUAAUUAUUUUAGUUUUGGUUAUGAAAUAAGCGACCGAUUAUCUUAUUGAUAACAUACAUAAACUUGUUACUUCAUUUAUACUUUUGUAAUAGUGUAUAACAUUUUCACUUUUUAUUAAAAAUGUUAUUCAUCUUAUUUAUAAAGAAUGUUUUAUUAUAAUAUAGGUUAAUCACUUAUUUUUGGCAAAAAUAUAUCAAGAACAAUAUACAUGUUUAUGUGGUUAUAUUUUUAUAUAUUAAUAUUUUUGCAUAUGGUUUUAAUAUCCGGUUUCAAAAUAUCGCAUUAAGGGUUCUUGGCAGAAAUUUAGAUCUUUUAUUAAGUAUUGUUUCAUUAUUUACAGUAAGUUCAUUAUUCUCAACGAAGUUUUCUCUAAUUUUAUUAUGUAUUUUAUUAGCUCAUCUGAUACAUAUAAUUGAAACAUUAACUGAACGUACAACAUCGACCUACUUUAAAAUUCCAUUUUGGCAAAAAAAUCCCAAUUUUUUAAAUUUUUUUAUAUUAAAGUUUUUUGUUUCACCUUCUAAAAUUCUUUAUUUUAUAUGAAUGAUAAUUAGAAAUAAAAUUAAAGACAUUUUAAUAAAGCCUGUAGGCUGAAAAUGGAACUUUAAAUAAUAAUCUAAGUAAACAUUGCUCAUUUUUUUAGAUUAUUAAUUUUUUUUAAUUUUAUUUCUUUUACUGUAAACUAGAUAUUAUUUUAGACUAUUUUCAACAUAAUUUUUAUUUUUAUUUUUGGAGGAAUUAUUGCAUAUUUAGAGAAUUCUGAAUCGUGUAAAUACCUUGAUAUUUCAUUGAUGCUGCAAUUUCUGGCAAUAAAUGCUUGAAAAGGCACAAAAUGUUAUGAUUUAAUUUGCAAAGCAUUUGAGUUAUUUCUAAACUUCUGCUUUAGUCCUUAGUCAAUUCAAUGAUGAUUAUAUAAACUGAAGGAUAUAUAAUUUCGAUAAUUUUUUUUGAAGGCAAGUAUGUGAAAAACAAUCAAAUUGAGGAUAAAAAAUUCUUAGUUUUCUUUAAAAAUUAAAUAAAUAAUUACAUUUUAAAUUACAGUUUUAUGAUUUAUUAAUUUUGCAUAUCAUUUAAAAAUAAGAAAAUAUUGUUUCAAAUAUCAUUUUUCUUUUUCUAAAAUCGCCCAAACUUAGACGAAGGCCCUCAAAUACAAAUCCAUAACUAUCUGUUUUUCUUGACAAAAUAAGAUUGUUUUAAGCUGUUAAGUAAUUUUAAUCUUACCACAAUGAUACAUAAAGCUCCCUCAGUCUGUAUUUCAAAAUUAAUAUUGCCGAUGACUUUGGUAUAUAACCAUACAAACAGUUCAACAAUUGAUUAACAAAAUGUGUGCAGAUAAAAUUAUGUUAAAUACAUACACAUCAUCAAGAGUUUUCUUAUAUAGAGAGAGAUGUGAACAAGUAAACGCAUCAAAUUUUGAAAAUGCAAAUCAAAAAUAUAAUUUGUUUAAU